GCCCGCCGGCCGGUGUCCGCCGCGGCUCCGGCUCCUCGCCUGGCUCCGCCGUUACGGCAUGCGCUGAGCGCCUGCACUGCCCCGUCCGCUGCGCGCCCGGCGCCCGCCGGCACUGCCCGGCACCGCCGCCCCUCCCAGGUGAGCCGGGGGUGUUGCUGCUGCGGGCCUGUUCCUCUGGCAGGACCAGGCCGGAGCUCUCGGUUAGCUGGGACCCUGUGGUGUGAGGGGCUCGGGAAUGGCCGAGAGAGCUGCAGUUGUUCAGCCUGGAGAAGGCUCUGGUGAGACCUCAGCGUGGCCUUCCGGUGCCUAAAGGGAGCUUAGAAAUGGGAGACAGCGGCUUUACACGGGCAGGUAACGAUAGAGCAAAAGGGAACGGCUUGAAAGUGAAAAGAGGAGAUUCGGGUGAGAUGUGAGGAGGAAAUCCUUCGCUCUGAGGGCAGUGAGGUGCUGGCACUGCUGCCCAGAGCUGUGGGUGCCCCAUCCGUUGAGGGGCCCUGGGCAGCCUGAGCUGGUGAGGGCAGCCAACCCAUGGCAGGGCUGGAGCUGGGGGGCUGUAAGGCCCCUCCCAACCCAAGCAUUCUCUGAAUUGCUGCACUUAUGCCUAUGGAGGCAUGUUGUUUGAGCUUUUAAAGGGAAAAGGUGAACUGUGGCUGAAGUAGCUGCUGGCUGUGCCCUGUAGCUGGGCAUGGCAGUGCUACUAAAGAAAGGCAUUUCCUGGUUCAUCUGAGGUCGGGCGGUGUUGUGGCUGUACUUACAGCCUGCUUCCUUGCUAGACCAGCUCUAGGCUCUCCUUAGGGGACUCAGCCAGCAGCAUGGCAGCUCUGCAGUGUAAGUAGGGCCUUGCAACUCCAUUAUUCAUAGCAGGGCUUUGUUUGGGAGGGCAGAAGGGGUCCCAGCGGCACUCUGUCCUGCUCUGCUGCUACCUGGCAGCUCACACACCAUCCCACUGCCAUUUAACAGGUUGCACUGAGACAGUUCAGCCUCUGCCGCCUGCCCUGUGCAAGCACUGUGCCUGUGCCUUCAGCUCAGAGCAAGCAGUACCUUGACUUACUGUGUAAGCAGGGAAGCAGCUGCAUGGAUUCGCAGGAUGUAUCAUGAGAUUUUUAAUUGCAGCUGUUUAAGCUGAUCCUUAAACGUUGUCCCAAAGAUGUCAGCAGCAUUUCCUGCCCCUGGCAGUGGCACAGGUGUAGUCGGUGCUGGGAGAAGCACUUGGCUGCCUGGUUCUUCAGGGUCCAUCCUGCCUUGCACAGUGGGCCCUGCUACGUGUGCUAUCCUUGUGGCAGAAGUAAAUUCUCCAUUUCUGCCUGCCAGACCCAAAUGUUGAAGGCACUGCUGCUCUCUGCAUGCUGUCAGGGCUGCUGUGACCAGCACUAUUGGUGACAGAGCACUUGUUUGUCCAGCUGCUGCUCUGCUUUGCAGGACAGCUGCUGGCUGCAGAGAUACCCCUGUGUCCUCUGAUAGUGAGGUGGGCAGUGUAGGUGAAAUUGAAAUGUGUUUGAAAUCAUUGUUUGGACACUGGCUUAGCAUUGGGUUUUGCUGUGUCCAGCCAUGAAUCAAAGCAUGUCUGAGAUCUCAAAUGAUUGCAAUUGCCAUAUGUUUAGAUGUUUCAUUCUCCUGCCAAGCUGAUUAGUCUGCUCUGUCGUGUUUUGCUUUGUGCUGUGCUGUGGCACCUUCCACUCUGGGCAGCUUGGGCCAGGCGCACAGGUGAGCUGUUGAGAACUAUAGGAAUGUGCAUCAAUGCCUGAUCUUCAUGGAUAGAUGCAGUAAAAGUUUGUAGCACAGGGAGGACUUGCUGACUCGGACAUGAUGCAUGUUGUGCUUAUCCUGCUAACUGUCAGAAUCCUGGUUUGCUGCUGAGCAGCCAACUGAUGUUCUCAGGGAACUGUGCAAGCAUGGAUUUUCCCCUCCUGGUUAAUGCAGAUUGGAAAUGUUUGCCUGUUUCUAGCUGGCAUUCCUUGUUUUUCUACUGACAUGCAGACACUGCCUUCCAAUGUAUUGCUCUUUUAGGCUAUGAACGCGUUGUGUGACUUUGAACAGCUUUGGAUUUUGCUACCCUAAAAAUCUGUGUCUUAUCCCAAAGUGCUGUCGGCAAGCUUUGGUGCAUAUCUCUUAAUCUGUCCUUCCCUCCAGUUGCCAUGGAUCUGCUGAACAGAUUACACCUGGGUGUCUUUCCCUUAAGACCUCGUGCUGGAUUUUAUUUCCUUUCAUCCAUUCCAUUCAGUCUGCCAGAGACUCCUCCCUUUCACCUCUGUGACUUUUUUUCCCUCUUUAAAAGCCCUUAUGGGGGACGCUUCUGGUGCAUUUUGGGAGUGCCAGGUUGUAUAUCUUUUUUUUUAAUAAUUCAAUUGAAUGUACGAAUAAAGCUGUAAUAGAUUUCCUAAAAGUGGCUUUUAUUUAAAAGGCAAAAAAAGAAGCUGAUGGCUCUCUCCCAGCGUGCUAUAACCAGUAUGUGACAUGUCUCCAUUUACAAGCUGAUGCUGGAGGUGCCUCAUACCCACCAGGAGCUGACUCAGCUGUGGCAGGCAGUGCAGCCACAUCCCUGCUUUGUUCCCUGGUGCUGGGUGACAAACUGUCAACAAGAGCUCUGCCUUCUCUUGGCGCUCCUCUACAAACUUGAAACACUGAUGUCUUCAGUGUGGGGCACUGCAAAAAGACUCAGAGCUUUACGCCUUGCUCCGCUUCCCCCUCUCCUAGCAGGAAGGCAGGAGCUGCAGCCGGUUGCUUUUCCAACGUCAGUUUGUAAGUCAGUUUGGAAUUUCUUGAUUUAAACUUCUUGCUGUGGGUGCCGGAAUCUAUUUUGGACGCCACGAGGUUGCAGCAGAGGCAGUGGUGUGCUGAACCGAGUGUGGUUCCAGCGUGAGAAGCAGUCACAUGCUGGAAAACACCGCUAAGAAAGGAAGAGGAAAGCAGCCAUGGUGGUGCACGUUGUAGAGCUGAUUUUGUCUCCUUGCUGAGUAUCCUUUUGGGAUCUGUUUCACACUGCGAUCCUCCCUGGCAGAACUGCUGCGAUUCCAAGAGUUUGGCUUUUGGACUUCAGUCCCUUGGCGAGCAAACUGCAGUCUGGGCACAGAGAAAGCAAAGUGCAGAGGCAGGGACAAGGUGCCAAUGCAUUUCCUUACAGCGAUGUCUGCAGAGCGGAGGUGCUGAGGCAGGUCUGGCUGAGUGGCACGGGGUGAGCCUGGAGGAGGGGGCUGACCCCACUCUUCAAUGAGGUUAUGUGGGAAGGCAGGAUUUUGGUGUCUUUUCAAAUCCAGUUGCAGUUUCGUUGUAUUAGAUAAAAGGAGUGUGAUAACAGGCAUAUAUGUGUGGGAUAUUCCCUGCGAGACCUGUAACCUAAAAAUGCAGCAUGCUUUAAGUGAUCUGCAGAAGGGAACUCUUUACUGCUGGGUUGGAAUUGGCUGUUUCACAUCAAAUGAUUCCAUGUAAAUCAGAUCCCCAGUGCUGGGUGAUGUGAGGUGGAGGCGCAGAGCCGUGCAGUCCUGCAGUGCUCACAGCCAGCAGCAGAGCCCGGGGCUGGGAACGGCUGCUGUGCUGCUGCCCUGUGUUUGAAGCAGCUCUUCACAUUCCCUCCAGGCUUUGUCUCAUCCUCUUUAUUUGCAGGUGGGACAGAACGUCGGAUGUGAAGCAAAACUUCUCUUUCUCCCCUGGGACUCUUAUCCUGUGGGGCUCUGGGGGCUGUCCGUGCAGCCACGUGGGGAUUUGUUGCUAUGUUAGGAGCAGCCCCACAGGGGAACCCAGCUUUGCAGUGCUGUGCCUGCACGUCUUCCAGGCUGCCAGCUGUCCUGCUUGUGCCCAGCACACGAUCCACUCCUGUACCCACUGCAGCCUUUUCCAGCUUCUUGAGGGCUGUGUGCAAGCCAAACCAAGCUUCACGUGUUGCCACGCAGCCCAGAGAGGCUGUGGGUGAGGCAGUGAUUGCAGCCAGUUGGUGCUUCAGCAAGCAGUGAGGCAAAGAAAAAUAAUUACAAAACACUGUCACAGCCGAUAAUCAGCUUACGCACGGGGAUUUGGAGUUCCUCUGUCAUUAGUCUAAGUGGUGUCACUCCGUGUCACUGCCACUUGAGCGUGGUUUAUCUUGUAACUUUCUCUUCACUUCUCCCUGCAAAUGUGGGGAGGGUGGAAGAGUUUUCAAUCAAGUGCUGUUGCAAACUGCCCUCCAUCCUCCUUGUUUUGAUAGAGAUAGACGUAGCAGAUAACACAUAGUGGGGGCUCCCCCAUGCUGCUGCUGCUGGCUGAGUGCUCCGAGGCGCCCCGAAACCCGACUCUGUCCCAGCUCUUUCUUUCGUCUCUAAUUUACUAACGCUCAGAGGAUUUGAAAUGUUUGACUGGGAAAAGGCAUUGACUUUCAGGGACAUCAAAACUUCUCAAGAAGGAGAAGAUCUGUAGUAAGAAGAGUGAUGCUGCAGCAAACCUGAGCUGGAGGGUGAGGCUGCGGUGCGUUGGGCUGGCACUGCAGGGCUGGCACAGGGCGCCUGCUGCAGGGAGCAGGUCCGGAUUCUGACCCCCCCCAAAAGUUCCACUUGUCCUAGCCGUCUAAAAUUAGUUGCAAAACCAGUGAGGCUGCUGAUAUUGUGGAUUUUUUUAGGUGCUUGUUGUUUUGAAACUAACAUUUGGAGUGAUUGCGAAAGCAGCUCGGUAAGCAUGCAGCCACGGUCCUGUGAAAUAGCUGCAGUUCUUCCUGGGUACUUCUUCAGAGAGGAGCAGGUGUGAAUGACAGAGGAGGUGCCUCCGACCGCCCUCACCAACGUGAACCUGCGUCUGCUGUGCCACGAUGACAUAGACGCGGUGAAGCAGCUCUGCGGCGACUGGUUCCCUAUAGAGUACCCUGACUCAUGGUACCGAGAUAUCACUUCCAACAAGAAGUUCUUUUCCCUCGCAGCCACAUACAGAGGCUCCAUCGUGGGAAUGAUAGUGGCAGAGAUCAAGAGCAGAACAAAGGUGCAUAAAGAGGAUGGAGACAUCCUAGCUUCCAAUUUUCCUUUGGACACUCAAGUUGCUUACAUACUAAGUCUUGGAGUGGUGAAGGAGUUCAGGAAACAUGGGAUUGGUUCGCUCCUGCUUGAAAGCUUAAAAGACCAUAUAUCAACGACUGCCCAAGAUCACUGCAAAGCCAUCUACCUGCACGUCCUCACCACUAACAACACAGCAAUAAACUUCUAUGAAAACAGAGACUUUAAACAGCACCACUAUCUUCCCUAUUACUAUUCCAUAAGAGGGGUCCUCAAAGAUGGCUUUACCUACGUUCUGUACAUCAAUGGUGGACACCCACCCUGGACGAUCUUUGACUACCUGCAGCACAUCGGAUCAACGCUAGCCAGCCUGAGCCCGUGUUCCAUUCCCCAGAGGAUAUACCGACAAGCCCAGAGCCUUCUCUGCAGCCUUCUGCCAUGGUCUGGCAUUUCUGCCAAGAGUGGCAUCGAGUACAGCCGGACGAUGUGACUCCAUCAGCGGAUGUACACAGCACAAAGGGAUUGUUCUUCCUUUCAUCUCCUGAACCAUCUGGCUCUGCACUGAUUCCAGUGACGAUGGCUCUUGGUCAGUGACCCACCCCUUGGAAAGGACUCCUUAUUCCACAGAUUGACCAAGAUUUUGCAGACUUCACCCUGGACGGGCUGCAGCCCUGACUCACCGUGUGGGCUGGAGCCCGGGAGCACUCCUGGGAGGCCGGACUGCCAGGGGGCACCGGGCUGAGGGCUUCCAUGUCACCAGUCUGUGAGCAUGUCACACCGUCCCUGCCACUUCCCUCUCCUCUGGAUGGUUUGCGUGUGUGUGAUGUGGAGGGGUUCAGUUGCUGCUUCCACGCCACAGCUGCUGAAAGCAGUGUGAGUGAGGUGCACUGACUGUGAGUGAGCAGUGAGCACCCUGGGAAGAAAGGAGCUGGAUGGCUGUCUCUGUCCUGCUAGGGAGUCCAGGCAGGGCAUCCACCCCAGGUGAGAUCCCAACCCCAGCCCUCUAGAGGCAGGGUGUAAGAAGUACCUAAUCCAGGAUGCACUAAGUAGAAGGCAGGGGAUGAAAUUGCUAUUUCAUAGUGAAAUAUAUAUUAUACUGUAUAGAUCUUUCUGCCUCUUUCCAAGCUGGAACAGAGCAGGGGAGGGUGUGGGGCUGUGGGACCACUGUCCCUUCCCCAGCACGCAUCCUCCCUUGGCGCUGGGCUGCACACUUGCAGGAUCUUUAGGGAAGAGCACUGCACAUGGAUCACUACAGCUCUUUGUUGCAGAGAAGCCCCCCAGCUGCUUGCUUGCAUGCUCCAGGCUGCAGCGUGUGGGCAUUGCCAUGGGGCUGCACUGUCAGCAGCCCUCCCUGCAGCACUGGGGCUGGGCUCAGGGGCUCUGCUCCUCGGCACCAAGCAGCCACACUGCAGGGAGAGCCCUGAGGCUCCUGUAUGCUGCAUCCAGGCCCGGUUUCUCCGUGCUCCCCACCCCAGGCAGUGAGUGCUUUGCUCCUAGGCUGGGAGUCUGCAGCUGCGGCAGCACCAGUGCUGGAUGUGGGGGGAGCACUGCUCCCCUCUGCGUUCCCACUGCAUCCUCUGCCCUGGUGAAGGCUUCCCACACUCAUCGCUGUGCUCCUCCUCCCCCCCCCUCUCUCAUGCCCAUCUUGAAAGCGGGGCUGAAGUGUAGUGUAAGCUGUGCAGGGCCAGCUCUGGUGGGAGGUGAGGGCAGGGAGUGGGGAUGAGCCAUAGUCUGGGUCAGGUUUAGACCUAGGAGGAGCAAACAGGGUAGGAGCUUGCAGCCCUGAUACCACACAAAGUCAUUUCAGUGUUUGUAAGCCCCUAAGAUGAGAAUUAAACAAUAAAAGGGGGUGGAGGAGAGCUCACUGUGUGGUGCUGUGCAGGUUCAUGUGAACAGAGGCCAGGAUGGCCCAGCACUGCCUCGGCUCAGAGCUGCUGGUGCAGCAUUUCCCUGCUCUGGGCAGCCCUGACUGCAGGAAGCGUUGCAGUCCGGCUGACGGUCCGGCAAAUACUUUUAGUUGGGGGAAGCAGAGGCUGUUGGAGGUGCUGCCCGCUUUUCUGGAACGAGAGCAGGGCUGGCUCCACGAGUGGGCGAUAGGAGAAAGAAAAUGUGUUUCUGGGAGGAGAAUUACGCCUGCCAAAGAGUGCAGUGCAGAGAGCUGCAGGGUGAGCCAGGGCAGGCACACAGGGCUGGCCACGGUGCGGCUGGGGAGGUUCUGGCUGGGCUGUGGGCAGGGGGCACCGUCCCUGGCUGAGGCAUGGAGGUAAGCAGUGUGGGCUCAGCCUGCAGCUGUCAGCAUUCCCUGCUUGUGGGGCUGCACAGCAGCUCUCUGCAUGCUGCAGGGAGCCCUGCAGACACAGCCCAGCAGCAAGCACAGCGUGGUGCAGCUGCGUGCAGAACAGAGCGUGCCGGCACUAUGCACGGUGCAGGACUGCUCAAGGCCUCCCAGCAGCACAUGUGGUGGUUCCCUGUGUGCAUUUUUGCCCUUGCCACAGAAUUAGGCAGUCCUGUGGCCAGGCACCCGCUGCCACCAGCUCACGGGGGCGGUUGGCAGUGGCAUAAGCCCUCUUUACCUGUGCCCCGAGGGCCUGGUGCUCCACCAGCCCUCAUGCACAUAAGGGCACCGCUGCCCAAUGCUGCAGGGUCAGAGGCUGCACGUGCCCCCUCCCCACGCACGGCUCCCUGUCCCCACUGCUCCGUGGCUGUGCCCACAGGGCUGGCCGUGCUUUGGCUUUGCCGAGGUGUGGGCUGGGCAGCUCUGUUAGCUGCAGUGCCUGCUGAGGCUGCUCCCCUCGCCCAGCCCGGUUGCUCCCAGCGGCAGAGGAGGUCGCAGCAGUGGUGCCUGCAGUCCCUCAUCACGGCUCUGCACUUGGGAGCCCCAAAGCACUCCGUCACCCUCAUUUGUAUAACUGCUUUUUCCUUCCCCUCAGCCACUUCCUACCUGAACGCUUCUCUUGGUUGGUAUGGGUUUAUGUAGCAACCGAAGGGCCUGCUUUUCUUUGGCACUUACGUCCUCCGGACCAGAAUGAACCUCCUUAUUCCUGGCACUGAUGUGACGUUCCCCCCCCCCUCCUUCUGCCCCUGCACACCCCCAACUCCUCACCUGCUGCCCUUACACACAUCCCUGGGGGACCGGACUGCUCUGCACACUGUCCUCCUGUCAGCCCAUCCCCUACAGUGUCACACCCCCACCUCACAGCCCGUUAUUUAUUGAGGAGCACCGUGCUGCUACCGUCAGCCUCUCUCUAAACGUCUUCAAUUAAACCAAACCUCUUCUGUGA